AUGGUAAAGUGUUUGUGGUGUCUAAAAGAGCUAGGCAUUUUUGGAAUGCUUUUUCAUAAAGCAGUAUGUCUUGAAUAUUUAUACAGCAAAUCAUUAGAUAAAUUAAAAUAAGCUAAGCAAAGUUAACUAAUUACUAAAGAAUAAUAUUUAAAUGAGAAGCGUCAUCUAAGAGAAUAUUUUAUGUCAAGAUUCAAACCUAAAGUAUAUGAAGCUUUUAUUAAGAGAUAAAAAGAACAAUAAUAUAUUCUAAUUAAUCCAAAUGAAUUAUCUGUUGGUUUAGAAUCUGAUAUAGAUGUGAUUUCAAAAAAAGUAUGUUUUGAAAGUUAAGAAAUUUCAUAGAAAUCCUAGUUCUUAGAAUCAUUUCAAAAUCAAAUUGAACCUGAUUAUAAUUAUGUUGUUAAUAAUUAUUCAGGCAAUUUAGAAGUUUAUAUAACUAAUUAAUUAGUCAAUGAUGAUCCUAACAAUAAUAAUGAUAAAUAAAUAGAUACUAAUAAACAUGAUGAAAUGAACAUACAUCACUUAGAAAUACAAAAUCUUGGAAAUAUUCAUAAAUACAAUGAUUAACAUGAUAAAUCAUAGGAUUAAUCUGUCUAAUUCUAAUAAAAUAUUAUUUAACACUAGAAUAGAGAUGAUAUAAAAGAAAAACCAUUGAAUAUCAUAACUUAAAGUAAUGAAGAAUAAAAAGAAAAUAUCUUAUUUAAACUACUUCAAAAAAGAGCAAAUCCAAAAUCACAAAAAGAAUUGAAUAAAAGUAUUACUUAGAACUAAAAUGUAAAAUAAACACAUACUAGAUCAAAAAGUAGAAAAAUAAAAGAUGACUUAAAUAUUUAUGAGACUAAGGCAGAAAUACAUAUAUCUCCAAUAUAGCAAGAAGAAUUAGCUACAGAAAUUAAAUCAAUUGGCAUAACUGAUGUUAAAACUAAUAAAAAAAAGCCUCCUAAAUUUUCAUAAAGUUUAGAUAAAAUAAACUCAAAAAUCAACUAAAAAGUUAAUUUAUAGAUUGAAAAUUAAUCUAAAAUAGAAUUAAAAAAACUAUAAAGAAUGAACAUAGAUUAAAUUUAAAAAUCUUCUAAAUUUUAAGUAUCAACAAAAAAUAAAUUAAAUAAUUCAUAAAAUGAUUGUUAAGAAAAAUCUAUAUAAAGAGGAAUAAUCAAGACUAGAUUUUAGGCUUCUUUAGAUAAUUAAAAAAAUUAGGCUAAGACUAAGAAUCUUAAAAUAAGAGAUAAACAAAAAAUAAAAAAGAAGUGA